GAGAAGAAGAAAAGGAUGUUUUAAGAGCGAAAAUAGCAAUCAACUUCUGGUACUAAACAGUGAUAAAGGCUCUGUAACUGUUCUUAUGGACAAACAAGACUAUCUGGAGAGAAUGUACUCGAUUGUGAACACAGACGACUUCAAGCAAGCACCCAGAGACCCAACACCAACAAUCCAAAGGAAAUCUAAUAAAAUUGUGACCACACUAGAAAACCUUAAUAUACUGAGUAAAGAACAAGCUAAGUCGAUGAGAUGUUAUAAUUCGGUAAGUCCUAGAAUGUAUGGAAACCCCAAAAUUCAUAAGGAGAAUUUUCCGAUGAGACCCAUUGUGUCAGAUGUACAGGGCCCCACAUGUGAAUUAUCAAAAUAUAUUGCACAAAUACUAACAGAUGCAUAUGACCAAAAUAACACAUAUUUUGUGAAAGAUUCUUUCGACUUCUCUAUGAAAGUUAAUAAUAUUGAAAUUCCAUCUGACUAUGUAGUUAUAUCACUAGAUGUGAUUAAUUUAUUCGGUAACAUUUCGAAAGAACUGGUACUAGAAGCAAUUGAAUCUAAUUGGAACAAAAUUGAAGAAGUUUGUAAUAUACCAAAGGAAUAUUUUAAAGAAAUAAUCACAUUCCUCCUGGAAUCAGGCUACUUUAUAUUUGAUGGUAACUUCUAUCUGCAAUUGUUUGGUUGUAUAAUGGGUUCUAGACUCAGCCCAAUUCUGUCUCUUUACGUGAUGGACUUCCUGAAACUGAGGAUGAAGAAUGUUCAGUUCCAUUCCUAG